AUGGUGCGGGCGCACGAUGGUUCCAAGGCUUCGCCGCAGAGGAUUCAUGCCAGUUGGACCUCCAUGGCGUGCGGCUCAGAGAGGCUGUUCGUCAGCAUUAUUAUUAUAUCAAUCCAUCAGGGUAUUGUGGCCACGGGUCUUGCCUGGUCCCUUAAGAUUUGGUGCAUAAAUAAGGGAGGCCCGCUGUUCAUCGCUGUCUUCCAACCACUGCAGACUGUCAUGGUAGCCAUCUUGGCAGCAAUUUUCCUUGGUGAUCAACUCUAUACUGGAGGUGUUAUAGGCGCGGCGAUCAUAGUGAUUGGCUUGUAUUCUGUGCUGUGGACUAAAAGCAUGGAGAAGAAAGGCGCUUGUGACCUGGAAACUGAAACAAGCCCAACUAGCCAUAUUUGUGUACAGAAAUCUUCAAGCAGCAUCGCUCAGAUCCAGCCCACCUAUGAGGCCCAUAUGUCAUUUAGGCUCAAUACGUCGUCAUCUAUCUGUGCUGGAUAG